AUGUUCCGUGCUUCCGAUAUCUUCGGAAAGCGCUCUGGCAACAACUCUGAUUCCUUGCGAGAGAAGGCGCGGGCACAGACUGAAAAUGCCGGGGAGAAACGGCCUGCAGAUGCGGGGCCCACCACGCGGACUUGGGACCCCGCUACAGGCGAGAUGGUCGACGAAGAGCUGCCGGAGGAAAUCCAAGAGAUGAUGGGCUUAGUCAAGAAGCCCAAGGUAGAGCAGCCCCAAACCAGACCGCAGCGGCCCGCACCGGCUUAUGCGCCUCCAGUGCGACAGAGGCCGCCGCAGUGGUCACCACAGCCACACCCGCAGAGCCGGUUGCCUCCGAUGCCUCCCGCGCCCCCACCCCCACCGCCGGCGUGGGUGCCGGGCACGAUGCGGCCAGCGGAGCCCGCACAGCCUCCGAGACCACAGGGCCCACCAGCGCUGAAGGUCACUAUGGGAGGCUUUCGCAAGCCGGAGCUUAACGGAUACUACUCCGAGCGCCCAGAGCAGGAGAUCCAGGGCCGUGCCAGCUUCUGGACACCCAACCAGGCCUACUUUAUUUACUGGCAGCGGAGCCUCAAACGCUGGGCAAUUUGCGACGCCGGGAGCCUCCUCGCUGCCAGGGGUGGCUCGAACCCAGGAUGGGCGUACCGGAGUGACGCACGCCACUUCGCCAAGGCCAACGAUGGCUGGAUCGAGGCUGUCGGGACAGAGUGGCAGACUGCGGAUGUGCGCUGCACGGUACUGGAGGGCAGCAUCCGCGACGACAGCUUUGCAGAUGAGGAGGUGCCGAACACACUGAAAGUGAAGUUCACCGGCUUCCAAAAGCAGGAGCUGAACACCACCUUCGAGGAGCGGGCAGAGGAAAUGAUCCAAGGGAAGGCCAGCCUCUGGGAUCCAACAAAGUCGAUGUUCCUUUACUGGCAGAGGGCCUUCAGCAGAUGGGCUUUGUGCGGUGGAAGCAGUCUCAGCUCUGCGAAGAGCGGGAUGGCACCGGGCUGGGCUUACCGCAAC